AUGAAGAAGAAUUUGGUUCAGGGAAUUAUCAUGGCUGGAGCUCUUAUAGUUGUAGCCAUAGUUUUCGCAUUUAUGUUUUGCCUCUAUAUCGAUACAUUCGAAAACAACACAGAUAAGCCCAAGAAUUCCGACACUGGUGCAAAUGCUAUCGAAACAGAGAUGACCGGCCAACAAGAGUACGAAAUUAAUGAUCUUCUCAAGUAA